AUGGUAGCUUUCGUCAAAUUUUUGCCCAUUUUGGUGCAAAUUUACGCCGUUUACGGUGACUAUUACACCCCGAGCGAGGAAGUUGGUGAAGAUCUUAAGCGCUAUGACCCCAGCACCGAUUCGCGGUAUCCGUUCGAGCUGGGAUUGGGCCGAUACUACCAGGGUGACAUCAUGCUGGUUCCACCGGAAGGACGGAACAAGGACGGUCGCGUUUCGGUUCCGGACUCGCUGACCUCGUACAUCUGGCCGAACGGGACGGUUCCGUACGAAAUCGCGGGAAAUUUCAGUGAGUGUUUAAGGUCGAUUCACACUUGUUCGGAGCGGGAUCCGUCUCCGGAUAGGUGUGAAUCGACCUUAACAAAAUCAAAUUUAGCCCCCAGUGAGCUCCGGACGAUCCAGAACGCGAUGCGGAUGUUCCGGCGGUACACGUGCGUGCGGUUCAUUCCCAAAACGGCCAGCGAUCCGCUGUUUGUGUCGAUCGUGAACAACAACACCGGCUGCUACUCGUACAUUGGCCGGCAGCAGAACAACAUGUACAACUUGAUCAACCUGCAGACGCCGCAGUGUCUGAUGGCCGUCGGAACGCCGGUCCACGAGAUGAUGCACGCGCUCGGGUUCUACCACGAGUUUGUGCGGCCCGAUCGGGACGACUGGAUCACGAUCAACCGGAGUGCGCUGUUGCCGGAGUUGCAGACGGAUGAGAUUUACGAUAAUAAUUUUGGCAAACUUCGUCCGGAAGAUGGACAAACGUACAACAUAACGUACAAUUAUGGCAGUGUGAUGCACUAUUCGCGGUAUGCCGGGGCUGCCAGUCGCGAGUAUCCGGUUUUGAUCAAUAAGACCAAGUAG